AUGCAUUUCAACGGACUUGCUCCCGUACCCAUCCACCUUAACUCUAUGAUGCCUGAUCCUCCUAGCCCUCUCCUCAUUUCGACAAGCCCCAGCCGCUUAGCUGAAAAAGCCCGUUCGGAUAAGAUCUCUUCAAUCAUGGGCAAAUACUUGCUGAAAGGUAAUAAGUCUGGCGAUGUCUGCCCGCGACCCCAAGCACCAACUGAAGAAGCCAAAAAAUCUCAAUUCCACAGUACAUCUUUACCACUUUGUGACAAAAUACUAACCCAAUGCCCCCCUGCAUCCGGCGAUUGGGACGCUGCCUCUUCGAAUGAACUCAUGGAUGUCAUCAGGCGCCGUGUACGAUGGUGCGUGGCUCAAUUGAAUGAUGCAACGUCCCCUAAUGAUAUUCAGCAAUGGGCAGAGGCCAUCAGAAACGUGUCCGAAGCUUGGUCCGCUUUGCACAAAUGCAUGUCCUUGGGAUAG